AAGACCGCAUGCUAUGGUUGUUCGGAGAUUCUUCGAAUUCACGAUCUUAAAGUCAUAUGAUUCACAGCAAAUAUAGCAACACAUAUCUCAAUUCGCAUUUUCCAAAGCCACGAAACGUGCAUUGAGUUUGGAGCGAUAUCUGAAGUGAAGAUUGAAGACGUGAUAGAAGAUGGACGACUACUGCUAUGCUAAGAUGGCGACGUCCGCUAAAAGAGAACAUGAAAGAGAAUCAGCGCCACCAACUUCCAGCAAAUCACCAACGGAGAUAAAGACGAAAGAUGAAGACGUCCAGCAGCUGAUCGGUAAUCCAGAAGAAGUUCCCCCUCAGUUAGGGGGGAGCUCCACUUUGAAGCAGGAGACUCCACAACCACCCUGCAUUAAAAAGGAAGAGGAGGAACUCUGCAUCACUCAGGAGGGAGAGUGUCUUCUAGGACGAGAGGAAGCUGAUUACACCAAGUUUCCACUGAGUAUUCUCUCUGUGAAGACUGAAGAUGAUGAAGAGAAACCACAAGUAGACAACCUCUUAGCUCCACUAUCAGAUAGUGAGGCUGAAGACGAGGUUGAAGAACCUUUGAGCAGCGAUAAAGACUGUGAAGGUGAUAUGAGGACUCACACUGACAACAAACACUCUGAAUGCUCUACAAAGAAGAGAGGUAAAACAUGUUUGAGCUGCUCAGUUUGUGCUAAAAGCUUUACUAAAAAGAGCCGUUUGACUCGACACAUGAGAACACACACAGGUGAAAAACCCUUUAAUUGUUCAGUUUGUGGCAAAAGCUUUUCUCAAAAUGGCUCUUUGACUCAACACAUGAGAACACACGCAGGUGAAAAAACCUUUAAUUGUUCAGUUUGUGGCAAAAGCUUUUCUCAAAAUGGCAAUUUGACUCGACACAUGACAACACACACAGGUGAAAAACCAUUUAAAUGUUCAGUUUGUGGCAAAAGCGUUUCUUUUAAGAGCAGUUUGACUAAACACAUGACAACACACACUGGUGAAAAACCCUUUAAGUGUUCAGUUUGUGGCAAAAGCUUUUCUAUUAAGAGCAUUUUGACUCAACACAUGAGAACACACACAGGUGAAAAACCCUUUAAGUGUUCAGUUUGUGGCAAAAGCGUUUCUUUUAAGAGCACUUUGACUAAACACAUGAGAACACACACUUGUGAAAAACCCUUUAAUUGUUCAGUUUGUGGCAACAGCUUUUGUCAUAACAGCUCUUUGUGGCGACACAUGAGAACACACGCUGGAGAAAAACCAUUUAGUUGUUCUGUGUGCUGUAGAAGGUUCCCACAUAAAGCAGAUGCAGUAAAACACAUAAGAACACACAAGGGAAAAUAACCAAUUAGCUGUUUAGUUUGUGGUAUGUUGCUCAUAUGUGGUGACAUCCACCCUACCCAGGACCUCCUCACUGCUUCUUUCACAAAUAUCUGAGGUAUUCAUACAAACUUGGAUUAUUUGGAGCAUAGUCUUAUCCACUCAUGACCCCAUGUCUUCUCUGUAUCUGAAACCUUGCUGAACAGUAAGAUAGAUGAUGCUUCAAGUGCUUGGUUACUCCUUCUUCAGUCCUGGGGCCUCAUGUGUCAAGUUUGUGCAAGCUCAAAAACCUGCACUACACCCUUUUUCACUGCAAAGUUGAGCUGUAUCAAAACUGAUGUUGACGCAUAAGUGAUGCUGGGUAACUGUUUGCAUAACAAACUGCCAACUUUUACUCCUCAAACUGGUUGAUGUACAAAUCAGAGACUUAUGAACAAUUAACCCCCAACGCCCACAACCCAACCCCCACCUCCUUAGACAUUCGGGCAUAACAGGUUCAAUCCGGCCCGCGAGAUGAGUUUGUGAAGUGUAAAAUUCAGCUGUAUUUUUAAUGAAAGAAACUGCUGUUCUAAAUGUGUCCACUGGAUGUCACAUUAGCAAUUCUGUUAGGCAAGCAAAUAGCAUAGCAAGUAUACCAAGCAAGAGGUAGACUGUAAAGCGGGGCUGUGACUCCUCCCCCUCCACCCAACGUAAAACAGGAGUAAAAUAAGCAAUCAGUAACCCCACUUAAAAUGCAGCAUGAGACACUGCACACUGAUAUAGUUCUGUGAAAAUGAUUGUCUUCUGUGCAAAUGUAAAGAAAGUGAACAGUGUGUGAUUUACUGCAAUACUGUCAGUCUUUUCACUUUUUAUUUGUGCUUUGUUGAAAUUGUUCACACAUUGCACAGCUUUUAUUUUUCUAUCAAUACACAUUAUGUCUAGAAGACAGGAAGUAACUCAACACUUGAAUAGUUUCUACCUCAGUUUGUAUGGUUUGUUGAGUUAGCACAGGAUUAAUAUGUGGAAAUGACAAAUGA